UAUCUGUGUUAUUACCUCAAGCGAAUAUUUGAAGUGCCAUAACGGAGAAACUGGGAACCACAGUGCUUAGUAUCGGUGUCGGGAUAGCAAUAUCAGUGUCGGUGCUAGAAUGACAAUGCCGAUAUCAGUGACUGUGUCAAUGUCAGAGUAAGGGCCAAUAUCAGACGUAAAGCUCCGAGUGAAUAUUCGAAGUACCACGACAGAGCAAUUAGAAGCUGGCAUGUCCAAUUGGAAAACCAGAACAAAGGACGCAGAACAAGGUCAUGCGUAGCGCCAAGAUCGUACAUGGUGCCUUGUUGCUGCUCGCGGCGGUAACGAGUGCGAAUUCGACAAAAUGCAGCCGGCUCAUAGACGGCGUCACCACGCCACGCUCCAAUGCCGAAGGCAGAUAUAACUUUUUCAUGACGUUGUACAACAGGACCGAGCUCGUUUAUGCGUACAUGCCCAACACACGGUACAGCGUAACUCUGCAGAUCGACGGUACCGAUCAGCUGCAUCGGAAGUUCACCAGAUUCCUCAUAUCUGCCGAGGCCGAAAAUGCAAACGACACUGCAGACGUCGGGAUUUUUGAUCUUCAGGAUGACACGAUGACUAAAUUCGCGGAUAAUUGCGCCAAUGCCGUCGUGGAGACGUCCAAGGUGCUGAAGGAGGAGAUAACCGUUGUCUGGACCAGUCCUUCCGAAGGUAGCGGUUGUAUACUCCUCAGAGCAACGGUGAUGGAGACACCGGACACGUGGUACAUGGACGACUUCGACUUGAUCCUCAAUAUGUGUCAAGACUCAAAAGCAGAAGCCGACGAUCAGGGGCCGGUGUUGACGGAUUGCUGCACCUGCGAUGAAGCAAAGUAUGAGGUUACUUUCGAAGGAUUAUGGUCGCGCAACACACAUCCCAAAGAUUUUCCAAGCAAGAGCUGGCUGAUCCGAUUUUCGGACGUGAUCGGCGCGUCACACACCGGCGAUUACAGGUUUUGGCGUUACAACGGCAUGGCUAGCAUCGGGCUGCGACAGGUGGCCGAGCACGGCGCCACGCGAAAACUGGAAGGCGAGCUGAAGAAUCGGAGCGAGCACAUCAGGACUAUCAUAAAAGCGAGAGGAAUUAGUUAUCCGAACGUCACCGGCAGAACUUUCGCGGUGUUUCGCGUAGAUCGCAAGCACCAUUUGAUGUCUCUGGUAUCCAUGAUCGAUCCAUCACCGGAUUGGAUAGUUGGCGUCUCCGGUCUCGAGCUCUGUCUGUCUAAUUGCUCAUGGAUUGAACACAAGGAGCUUAAUUUGUACCCUUAUGAUGCUGGUACCGACAAUGGCAUCACAUAUUUGUCGCCCGAUGAGCCGACAGUACCGCAGGAAUCAAUCCGACGUAUAACAUCUACUUACCCGAACGACUCCAGGUCACCCUUUUACGAUCCGGCAGGGUUGGACAUGAAACCCCUCGCGAAGCUUUACUUGAAUAGGCAGAGGUUGUACGAGAAGACUUGCGACGACGCUAGCGAGGCACUGGAUGAAACAGGUGUAUCGGAAUCGAAUAAGAAAAGUAAGGCAUGCAGAGUGACGCCCUGGGGCGAAUGGGGUCCGUGUUCGGUUACCUGUGGCAGAGGCAAUCAGCUGAGGCAACGUCAUUUUCGCGACGAAGCGACAGCGAUCGCGAACAAGUGCAGCACACUGCUGACGGAUCGGAGUGCUUGCUUUAACUCGCAAAGCCCUUAUUGCACCAGUUCCGGCCGUUACGACGGUAUACUGGACAGCGAUAUGUGCGAACUGUCCGAAUGGGGGUCGUGGAGCUCGUGCUCGUCGACCUGCGGCGAGGGCAGCAUGACGCGAUCCAGAAAUUUCCGGCAGAAGAAGUACCGGAAACAGUGCAAGAUGGUGCCGAACGGGCCGAGUCUGCAGCAGUCGAUCGACUGCGAGAACGACCCGUGCGAGGGCGAGGAUGCGGACGAGGUAAGGGAAGAUACGAGUAAUGUGGAGAACAACUACGAGGACUAUGGCGAGAGGGCGGACGGGACUGGAGAGGUAAUCGAGGACUGGCUGGAGAAAUGUCCCAGCGAUCAGUACACGGAGUGGUCUAUGUGGUCACCGUGCAGCUCCAGCUGCGGGCCAGGCAUUAAGUUGAGGUCCAGGCUAGUAAACAACAACUGGAGCGUCCUGGGAAAAGACGACGAGGACAGCCACGAGGAAUGCAAAGUGCAACAGUCGUACUGCACAGCUGAAAUUUCAAGCUGCAACAUCACGAAGGACGAAGCUGAGAGGAUUUGCAGUGAGCCCAUGAAGAAGGGUCGUUGCUCUUCUAACAUAUUGCGAGCCUAUUUCGACAAACAAACCGGCCGCUGCCGUCUAUUCAGUUACACCGGAUGCGACGGCAAUCGGAAUAAUUUUCCGACCGAGCAGGACUGCAAUAACGUCUGCGGCAACUUUCAAAGAGAAUUGCGGGCGAACCUGUCGGCGAUCAUGAAAAACUUUAAGGUGUCCCUUAGCAGCGUCCUCAGCUACCACAUUCCUGUGCAGGAGCAGCAGCAACAGCAACAGCAGCAGCAGCAGCACCGUACGAAGGCGAAGAGAGCGCAAUACGAAAAGGCAAACUUCGGGAACAUCCAGACGAGCAGUCUGAUAAUGGAAUCGAGCGAGGACAUUAAAGUGGACUGUCAGGCCACUGGAUGGAGUAGAUGGACGAGCUGCGACGGCUGUCACGGCUACAAAACCAGCACCAGAAAGAUCAUGGUCUCGGCCAAAGGCGGAGGUAAGAGCUGUCCGAAGAAGACUAUCCGAAGGAGGAAGUGCAGUAAGGUUCCACCGUGCUCUGAACAGGGUGACGGGAAAAGUCGACGAUCCUUUCGGGACAACUCUGAAGAAAAAGCCAAUUACGGAAACAAUCAUGACACGUUAUUCAAUAAACACAUUUCAGUGAACUGCAAAGUGACGCACUGGUCGACGUGGUCGGGAUGCAGCGCGACUUGCGGCGAUGACGCGAUGCGGAAUCGUGUCCGCAGCGUGAAGGUGCAACCGCGGGGACCCCGGCCUCGACUUUGUCCACCUCUGGCGGAAUUCAGGAAAUGUCCCGUGGUGGAGUGUCCGCAGUAACGAAGUACGCGGUAACUUCGUUAUCGGUGCAACGUUUCAUCGUUCGCUCUACGACGAAUAGUCGACGAAAAAUUGCAUGCCGCAAUCUGUGCACGGCGUGGCGCGUCCGUUCGAAUAUUGGAAUUUAUAUGACGACUCUCGUUAGACUGAUUAGCGAACCAUUCUCUCUUUUUAUAUCUUUUUCUUGAACGUCGGAUCUAAUCGAAAUUUCGUGACGCGUCUGAGAGGUGCAAAGGUGACCGUUGUGAAGCUAUCGUGAAACAGAGAUAACACUGGACGACAGCAAUUUGACGAAAUUUGAUCCGAAAACUUAACGCUUUUCAGUACUUAAGACUCGAUGUAGGAUUUUACGAUCGGCCUUGUAUUGUCAGGACAUUAUCAGAUGCAGAAUUUUCGCUGCGAAAACGAAUAAUUAUGAUUUUUGAUGUUACUUAUAUGAUAUAGACGAUUAAAGUCACCGUUAAUCGCGGUAAUUUCCGUGUUUAAUAGACUUUUUCUAGGAUUUCUGUUAUGGUUUUCGCUAGUAUGCUUACAAGUUUAAGUUUCAUUGGAUUAACAGUCGCAGAUCGACCAAGUGUUGACUCUAAUAUAACGCCCGCUAUCCCAUAUGGGAUACGUUAUAAUCUAAAUUAUUUUGAGCGUGACUCCAAAUAGAAUUUAUGUGUGAUCGUCGUAUAAUAUUUAUUCUUUCUCAAGAGAUCACAGAGAAAAGAGCGAGGGUUUUUCGGACUUAGUUCUAUCUAUUCUGCAUUUACACUCACCUUAUGUCCUCCAGUGUGAAUUUGUUACGCACAGAAAAGUCGUGCCAUCAAUAACCACGUUAUUUAACGAUUCGUCAUGUCGAUACCGGAAUAUCUAAUGAUAGAUUUAAUACGACGACAGAUAUAAUACACAAUCGCUUCAUUCAACUCACAGUUAAAGAGUGCGUUAAAAUACAUACAACGUCAUUCACGCGACAUGGUGUUAAGACGAAACCAAUUUGCAUUCCAACGCGCCAGUCGUGCUUAGAAAACGAGAAGAUAAUUCUUGCGAUUAAUAUCACUUAUAAUAACGACACUCGUAUAGUCUUUUCUUUUUCACGAAAAAAGAAGGCAAAAACUAUCGCAUUUCAUGUUUCUGAUUCCGGUUCAAACGGUUAAAAUGGAAAAAAAUAAGUAAAAAGCGAAAUAAUCUGCAACAUAGUAAUGUUACACGUUUAUAUAUAGAUUAAAAUAUAAAGCCGCUCUCUCCUUUGUAGCGCAAGAGUAAGAUAUGCGCGAAUAUGAGGAGAAUCACUCGUGUAACGAUAACGUUUGUUUGUACGUGCGCGUAUCAUAUUCAUAGCAUUUAUCAUGCAUUACAGAUCUCAAUGUAAGACCAAAACUCGUAAUAACAUCAGUUUGGAAACUAAGAACCACACGGUACUUUAAAAACCAUGACUGUAAAAUGCGACGUAGACAUAUCAGUAGAUAGUAAGUCGUUCGUUUAGUGCAUAAUGAGAAGUUUCUUUAACACACAAUUCUCUUUACUCUUCAUUGACAAUAAACGAAAUCGUGUAGAUGUAUGGUACAAAGAAAGAAACAAUUUAAACGUCAUUCUUUUGUAAAAGCAUUAUGAUAUAAUCAUAAUAAAGAUAAUCGCUAUAAUUAAGUA